AUGGAUCCUAAUAUCUGCCAGCACCCCAAACCUAAAAGAACCACUCUUUCUCUCGAAUGUUUCAAAAUUGUCAACUUUUUUCAGUUUAGACUUGAUUUUGAACGAUUCGUUGUGGCAGGUCCUUCCACUUCCACUUCGCAAUCCCUGAGAAUACUGAAUGGAGCCGUGAGCAGCUCGUCUUUCGCUCCUUUUGCCAACACAGCUUCACAAUGCCUCACGGAUUCCUUUGCAGUUACCAACCCUGGCGGACCUUCGCCCCCUGUAUUAUGUGGAACCAACUCUGGCGAACACAUUUAUCUUGACGCCAGCCCGAGCUGCAACGAUUUGGUCUUUCAAUUUGGAGGUACUUCCAGUGGGGCAUCCUUUGCGAAUCGAGAUUGGUUUAUCAAGAUCAUCCAAAUCAGUUGUGACGAUCCUGAUUUGCCACCCCAAGGGUGCACCCAAUACUUCACAGGAUCCAGCGGAAUAGUUCGGACGCUCAAUUAUAACGAGGGUAAUGGGCAACAUCUAGCCAAUCAAAACCAAUUGAUUUGUGUUCGACGAGAAAGUGAAAACUGUCGGAUAUGUUGGUUCACUAACGAUUUUGAGAGGGAUUUUGCCGUCUCCGGGACCAAACGAGCCAAUGCUUUUGUGAAGACCAGUCAAGGGUGUUGUGGAUAUGGAGCCAAUGGCUUGGCCAUGAAUGGCUUUGAUUGCUUGGUGAUCCCAGGAGCUGUCAAAAGCGUUUCCAACGUGGGCGUAAGAAGCCAAAUUUGCGGCAGAAUGGGUUUGGCUACGCAAACGAAUGGACUUGCAAAGUCAAUUUGUUCUACUUUGGAGCCUUACAGCAUCCGUUUCCUCAGUGAUAAUUUCGAAUUUGCUGACGAUGCCAAUCCAAAUGUUGAGGCUAGUACAGUCGACAGAGGAUUUCAACUUCAGUUUGUCCAGGAUAACAAUAUUUGUUGAAUCAGUUUCAUAAGAAUUCCUUAUAUGCUGUAUGUUAAGCAAAAUAA